GCGGUACGAGCCCGGACGACGACGACGAAGAGCCCCGGGGGCCGGGUGCAUGGAGGACGAGGUGCUGGGAGAAGGAAGGGGGGGUGGGUCCCGCGACGGGCCUCGUGGGCUUGGCUCCUCGAGGUUCUGCUUCGGGACACAGUCCUGCAGGGGCGCCCAGAGGCCCGGGUAGGGACAGGGAGGUGAAUUGGACGGUGGAGGGGGCCCUCCUCGCCGGGGUCCCGCCGAGGGGAAGGCUGGGCCAGAGGGACGUCCGGGGUAAGUCUGGGAGGAGUCGACCGCACCUCGGCUGGGGAUUUCGUGUUAUGGAGGGGCGGGAGAUUGUUGUAGGGAAAGAUGUGGUAGAGGGGAAAGGAAGAGGGAAGCACACUGCAAACCCGGGAGGCCAACAGCCCAGGCCAUGGAGGUGCCCUUCUAUUCCGCCUGCACCUCCCCCCUCCCCCAGUGGAAGCACUGUUUUUGUUUUAUUGUUUUGAAAUUUUCAGUGUUGGCUGUAGGAAGCUGUCGAUGUGGUGGUGAUACUUAUUCGUUCUUGGUGUCUUCUAGAGUAGAUAGCAAGGACAGGCGUCACUUGGCGAGGACACGUCUUAGCCCAGGGUUUAGGGGCUCUUUAUGCAAGAGUGGGAAGAGGGCCUGACAACUUCGUGCGACAGCUGAAUACUCAGGGCAGUUUGGAGGUCGUUCUCAUAGCGCAGAAGUGGAAUGUAAUUGCAAAAAUCUUUGGUGAGACUUCUGGGGGUGCAGUUGUAGGUUAGCGUUACCCUGGUUGGCCGCAUGGCCCGUUCAACUUAGAAGGCUAUUUCUCAAAGUCACACUGCCCAACGUUGGGGAGAUGAACAGGGGACGCAUUUGGUGUCGGAAGUGGAUUAGGUUGAUAAUAAAAUCCCAAGGUUGGAAGGGACUUUAAAGGUCAUCUCAUUCUCUGUUUACCUGACCUGUCCUUGAAUGUUAGGAUAGGGGGAACUUUGUUCUGGGGGAGAUGGAGCAGAGUUUAGGGGUACUCAAAUUGAAUGGUGAUGUCACCAGGUGGUACUGAAGAGGACAGUACACAGGAAAGAAAUUUGGAGGAUUUCACUGGGGAUUAAAUGGCAUAACCCAAUCCCCCAAAUCACCCAGAAGCUUCAAAUAGAAGCAAAAAGUUGGGAGAGCAACAUGUAAAAUUUUGAUGGAGUAGCAAAGUUAGUAGGAAGGACUGGGGGAGCUAGGAGGAGCAGGGGGCUUGAUGACUCAAGUUCAGAGAAUCUGAAGGUUGAUAGAGUUUAGGAGGGACAUGGUUGUUUUGACUAAGCCACGUGCUGUUGAUAGGCAGGCUCAUCUUUUGAUAAGGCAACUGGAGCGGCUGCCUUUGGGAUAGAUGGGGAGGACAAGAGGCACAGGCCAUGGGACACAGAGCCUUACUCAAAUUGACUUGGAGACGGGUGGCCCUGUUACUAGCUAUGCAGCAAGGGUAGGAUUCUUUCUGUUCUGGCUCUGAGAAUCAUUGAUGGAGGAAGGGGUUAAGGAGGACUGUUUCUUUAGAAUAGACCAUAAGGAAAAGACAACAAAUUAUUGGGAUAGGGCAGAGGAAAGCUAUGUCCCUGGAAAGUUCUGUGGUUGGAGUCUGGAUUGGGCAGGGUGGAGGGGAGUUCCAGAGGAAAUGGUGGCUGCACCAAGGGCACUUGGAGAUCUGGCUGUUUUGAUUACUGAGAGCUGGUAGGACAUCGACUCUCAGUGGCCUAGACUUUUUUGGGAAGCAAAGGGUUUCCUCCAGGGGUCUGUUUGCCUUAUUCCUGCUGCAGUUCACUACAUAGGAAAAAAAUGUUUAGCACAGGUGGCAGAGAAUCUCACAUGAUGAGUCUGGAUUAUGGGUUUCAGAGAGGGGCUUCUUUUAGGGGAGCAGAAUUAUGGGAGAAAAGGACUUGAAUACCAGAAAAAAGGAAGGCAAAAACAAAAGUCAGGAAGAGGGUUGUUUAGGCAGUGGAGGGGGGAAAAAAUGAUCAUUGCUGGUUUCAGGUCAGGGUCAACUAAGGAAAAAGUGGAACCUUGAAAUCUCCAGGCUAAUGUUUUCCAAAGUAAAGUUUGAAGAACCCUUAAGACUCUUUACACUUCCAUACUAGAAUAACUAGGUUUGGUGCAAGAGAGAGGACCAUCUUGAGUAAAAAUAGGGUUGGAGAGAAACUGGCAUGUAAGAAGAAAAUACACAUAUUGACCCAUAGGGAAAUAGAGAAUUUAGAGAUAGUAUAUAGGGUAAAAAAAUGCAGGAUGUGAAAGAGGGUGGAAUAACGAGGCAAAGGAGGAAGGUGUUUACUCAGAUGUCAUCUGCAACUAGUGUCAGAGAAGGUAAAAAAUUGCCUUUGAUAGCCAUUGCCCUGGGAAGGCCCAGGAAGCAGAGGUUAGCCGAGAUCCAGGGCUUACAAGUCUAAGCAUUAGUUGUAAAAUUAAGGCUAAAAUAAAGAUACCGAAUGGGGGAAGGAAUUCACCGACCUAAGUAGAAUGGCCUUGAAAGAAGGAGAAAGUGGGAAUACACCAGUUUUUCCAGUCUGCAAGUGGGAGGAAUCCUAGAUAUAGGGAGGUGAAUUAUGGAAAUUCCAGAGUGAAACAGGAUAAAGAACAGUGGCCUUAGAGCCUUGGGCCAGAAUUGGAGGGUGGGGUGGGGGCAUGGAGGAGAGGCACUAAUCAUGGGUUGGACAUCUGGACUGGUUCAUUGAUUCUAGGUUGAGAGCUCCAUUUGAGAUGGAAUAGAAUGGCCACAGUGGGGUAGAGAGCUGUUUUCCAGCGUUAGCCAGCAUCUGGGAUUGAGAGAGGAGGAGUUCAUGGUUAAGUUGGGUGGGAAAGUGAACACUAACAGAGAGAGGGCUGGGGAAAGUGGAAAUUGUUGGGGUAAAACAGACGGGAAAGGGGAGAAGCCACUGAGAAUUACAUAAGGGGGGAAGGAAGACCCUAGACCUUUGAGUUUUCAAAAGGAAAGGAAAUUUCUUAAUGCUGGAGCUCCAGUUAGGUGUGGGUCUAUGCUUGGCAGAGGGUUUAGCAUCAGGAUGGCCAAAGAGGGGGGUAAUAAGAAGUAAUCUACCUCUUGGCCACUAGGAUGCUAGUACACUAUUUUAUGUAGUCUCACAUACUAACUAGGCUUUAUUAAUGUCAGUUUUGGAAUGGUUAUCUUUAAAGUAAUGUAGAAACUGUUCUUUUUCUAAAUUGUACCCUUUCCACUGUUCAUAACUUGAAAGCAGUAUUUUAUGAUGAAAACUUUCUUUGGUGAACUGAAGUUGAAAUCUGGUCAAGAGUAAAAUUUAACUCUGUUUCUAUUCCCAUAAUUCAAAUGUGCUUUCUGUUUCCCUCUUUUUCUUUUUUAAGCAGAAGCCACCCUUUCCCCAUAAAACAUUAAAACAUGGAUAAUUGUUUAUAAAGUGGCUGCAGGCUGCACAUCAAGGUCAUAGUUUCCCUGGUCAGUGAAUUGUGAUGAAUUUGAAGAGUGAUGAUUUAUUAUUUGUAAAAUGUGAUAAUUUUCAGAUUUACUCGUGGAGAGUAUGUGAGGCAGGAUAUGUCUUCAUUUGGAUUUUAAGAAGAUCUUAAGUUUAGCGUCUGUGAAGAAUUGAGAGUACUGAGGUGCAGCAAAGCUUUGUGUUUCAGGCUUCUUUACCGACUGUCAGCUAAGAAACAAAAUUUGGUUACCUCAUUGCUAAGGUAUGUCUAGAAAUCUUAGUGUUAGUGCCAUUUAAGGGUAUAGUCAAGUUUUGUUAUAAUGUUGGUGUCUGGGGACAAGAAAAACAAGCAGACUUUCAUUUUUCCAAGUUCUAUGGAAAAGUGCACUGUACGUGACUCUGAUCCCCAGGAUGAGUCAAUACACUCUCUACCUGAUCCAUGAGAUGAUUAGGUGUCUCAUGAUGACAGGGCUUUACUCAGUUUAACUUGGUCGCACCUUGUGUAGGUUAGUAUCUUGCAGUGGUUCUCAAACUUUGGUGUGUCUCAGAAUUAGCUGGAGGGCUUUGGAGACAUACUGCCUUAAGUUAGAGUCCUUGCUCUUCUACUUCCUGGCUGUGUGGUAGAAGCAAACUACUGAACUUUCUUGAGCCUCAGUGUUUUCAUCUAUAAAAUGGAGAUGAUAAUCCCAGUCUCACAGGGCUAUGAGGAUUGCACAAGAUGAUAUAUACAUGGCAGACCAGCUCCAUAGCAGGAGUCCAGUAAAUGGCAUCCAUUAUUACAUUAUGAUCUAGUUUUGCUUGUUCAAUGGAGUCCUAUGACCUUUUAUAUUUCUCUAUGCCACAUGGUGGCAAAAUAAAAACUAUCCACAGCUCCUGAGCACUCCCACGUAUCUUGAUUCUCUGUGCUCUUUCUCCAUAUUCCUGUUGUAUUAGUACAUGUUUAGCAUUUACAAUGUGGUAGGAAGGAAUAACUUGGCUCACCACUGCAUUAUUGCAUCCACCUUUGAGGUGGAAAGUGGCAGUUUCUCUAACAGCUGUGCUGUAACACUGCUCACUCAGGAUUUUAGGGCAGAAACUGAAGAGUCUAUAUCUAGUUGAAACUUCAGGGGACAUUUUGGGCCACAUGUAAAAAAUGACCCAAACCUAGUUUACUAGGGUGACAUUUUAAAAAACCAUUGCUUUCUGAAAAGGGCUGCUGUGUUUAAUUACAACUGGUUGGGCUUUCCAGAUGUCUCUAACAUCUGGAAGUUCUAUAAAGGCUGGUAGAUAGAGCCUGGGUCUUGCAUGGCUCUAUGACAAGGAUGUUCAUCAGCAAUUGGAUGGGAGAAAGCAUGUCUCGAAUACCUCAGGUAUCACCAGACCAAACUUCUGAACACCAAAAAAAAGGGGGGGGGCUAUAAAAUAGAGAUCCUCUCUGCAGCCAGAGUGGACUUUGAUGCCAACAGUCAGCUAUGCCAAUAUAAGGAGAGAGUAAUAGCUGGCCAAUUUAAAACAGUAGAUCAGUUAACAAAUUAAUAAUUUCUUUUUUGGCUUGGAAAUGUGUUAUUAUUCUCUACCUGCCCCCGCCCCCCAGCAGAUUUACCUUCCUAUUUAUAUUUUGCUUCAGCAUAUAUUAAAAGGAUUUGUUUCCUGAGUACACACAUACUGUAAGUAGCAGUAGGCAGUCCAUAAGUUGGCUGGGUUUAAAAAUUAGCUGUGGCUAAACUACACUCAAAUAAUUGGAAGUUGACUUUGUUGUUUUGCCCUGGCCCCAUUUUAUUUCUGAUUGUCUUUAUUGUGGAAGUAAAGAAAAGAAAGAAGAGAAAGGCUGGUAGAUAGAGCCUGGGUAGAUAGAGUCUUCCUUUAUAAGAGACCAAAGGAAGUAAAAGGCAUCCACAGACACAGUGCUUUUUAUGCGGGAUUCUUGGUUUCCAUAUGACCUAGAGAGGAUUUUAGUUUUUCCCAGUAGUUUAUUUACUGAGCACAUAUUGUAUGCCUUGUAUCAUGCUCGACACUAUUGGGAGUGGAUGUUAAAAGAAGUAGAAAAUAUCCUUUCUAGCCUUGGGGAGCCGAUAGCAUAUAUACACUCUAUGUGUGUACCUUUGAAUGAGUAAUGUAUAUAUAUGUAUAUAUAGAUAUACAUGUGUACACUCUAUAUGUAUACCUUUGAAUGAGUAAUUUAUUUUAUUAUUUUUUUAAGUUUAAGAGAGAGAGAGCACGAGCAGGGAGGGGCAGAGAGAGAGGGAGAGAGAGAGAAUCCUAAGCAGGCUCCGCACUGUCAUUGUGUAGCCCAAUGCCAGGCUCAAACUCACGAACUGUGAGAUCAUGAUUUGAGCUGAAGCGCAAGAGUCAGGCGCUCAACUGACUGAGCCACCCAGGGGCCCCUGAAUGAGUAAUUUAUGUAAAAUGAGUUGAGCCUGUAGUCUGGAAUGAGAGAAUAGAAAAAAUAGUGUGAUAAUGGCCUUUCCAAAUAUUUGUGUGAGAGGUCCAAGACACUUAAAAAAAAAGGCACAAGUUUAGUGAGGAGGAAACCUCUUUAGAUGAAAAAUUCCAUAUCAUGAAUGCAGUAUACCGAAAUGGAGACACCCAAGGGCCACUCUCAUAGUCCAUAGCAUGGAAGACACAGAAGCAUCAUGAAAGGGAUUCAGAUCUCAGAUUACAAUGAUUCAACUUUGCAGUGUGAAAGACACACCAAAUAUUCACGUGGUUCUGCUGAAGACCAAGACAGAGGAAAGUCAACUCUUAUUUUUGAUCUAGAGGAAAUAAGUGCUUUUUAAAAAAAGACCCUAGUUACUUACCAUGCCAUUUUGAGGUGGCUCUGCAUUUUGAAAAGGACUGAUUAAUUUCAUGAUGAUUGCUUAGGCUUUCUAGAUAUUGGUGACAUUUAGAAGUUGUAUAAAAUCUUGUGACUAGAUCCUAGGUUUAGUAUAAAGCUAUGAUGAGAUGUUUUCCUUAAAUGGAGUAAAAUUAUUUUCCUGCAGCAGGAGAUGCAAGUACUAUUUGAAUAACAGGAAAAAAGUAUGGUAGUAGAUAGAAAAGCUAAGUGGACUGGUGGUAUGAAAAUGUGAGAGAUUAAAACUUUUGCUUUUGCCUCCUUCAUUGUUGGAAUUGAUUACCUUUGGUCCUGUUAAGUGCUUUUGUGCUAUUCACAAUUUUAUUUUAUUGUUAUUUUUUUUUAAGUAAGCUCCACACCCAACAUGGGGCUUGAACUCAUGACCCUGAGAUCCAGAGUCGCACGCUCUACCAACUGAGCUAGCCAGGCACCUCCUGUUCUCAGUUUUAAGUAGGGACUCCUUUAUUUCUAUUUUGCAGAUGGCAUAGUAAGUGUACCUAAUGAGGUACCUGAGAUGGCUAACAAAUAGGGGCUGAAAAUGCUCUCCCAAAUACACCCCCGCCAAUUUAGGCUGUAGAUACUAGACUAUAUCACUCUUCAAGGGUGUUGCUGCUGUGUGAAUAGAUGACUCUGAAUGGAUUUUGGCAGUUUUUAAACAUCAAGUUUCUGACUGAGUGUAGAUCCAGCACUAGUGGGGAGAUUAAGAAUGGUAUGGUUUGGAUUGGAAAGGGUUUGGGUGGUAAUAUUCACUGAAGAGCCCCAGGGAGAUUGCAAGCCCUGGUCACUCCAUCCAAAGGUCUAGCCUACCAAGGUGAUUGCUUUGUAGGUAACUACAUUCAUUUGAAUGAGUAAGCUCUCAUGUGUUUAACAGGUAGUUAAAAUUCUUUUGUAUCCAGUCUCAUAAAUGUUUAUAGGCCAGGGUUUUAAAUGUGGAGGUACCAAGGAGUCUAUGAAGGUGUCCAUGCUAUAGCCAUGUGCAGGCAACUACUUAGUCUUCUUGCUAAAUACAGGAAUUAAUGUAUCUGAGAACAGGAUGCAAUGUCUCCUAUAAGACUUAUCCCUUGGGGUACAACCAGUAGAAAUAUUUGGGUAGAAAAAACCCUCAGGGUAACUAGAGAGUGCUACAAUGGAUUAGUCAGGCAGAAGGCUGGGAUGAACAGUACAAAGGGCCCCUUCCUCCUUUCAGUUGUCCAGCAGAUUAUUUCCAGUUGAUUUUGCGUGUGUGUGGGGGGGUGUGGGUGUGUGGUAGCAUGUAGUGAUAGAGGAGCCUGUUUGCAUGAAGGGAAGCAAAGUAAAGUGAUUGGGGCUUGUAUAAGGGACUCUUGAGUUUCAGGGAAGGGGAUAUUUGGUUAAUGGUACAGAAGGUGAGGGGAUAUGGAUAUUAGACGGAAAGCCUGUGGAGAAUAUUAGAACACCUUUAUAUGGGAAAUCCUUAGAUUAGGACAAUUUGCACUGGGAGAACUUCCUCAUUAGGGGGUGAGGUUUGGGAUAUAUGAUUAGGUGGGGAUAUAGGAGUUGAGGGUGCAUGGUCAGGUGCGGCUCAGGCCUAGGGUUUGGAUUCUGGAGCCAGAAGAUUGUGUGGGCCAGGGUUAGGUAAGGUCUCAUGAUCCCCUUUUGCAGCUCCAUCCUGGCCCUGGAAAUGUCAUGGCAAAAUUCUGGCUUCCACGCUGAAAUAUUCCACGCUGGUCACUGGCCCCAAAUCUAUCUUUUUCUAGACCUCAAUGGUGGGCCCCCUUAGGGCCAGGGCCCUGGCUAGGGUUAAGGUUAGGUCCCUGGAGGCAACAGGGGCUGAACCUCCAGCAGCUCAGUGGUCUCCCCAGAGGGCUGAGUGGAGGGGAGGACUGAGUGGAAGGCAUGUGGAAGAAGGCAGAGAGCAACAAGGAAGGUAAGAUCUGUGGUAGGGGCUCCAUAUCUAAAAGCCAGGUAAAGUUAUCUUUGUUGAGUAUGUGUACACUUUCCUACUGAAAACUGAUUUUGUGUGGUGCCUGGGUGGCUCAGUCGGUUAAGUGUCUGACUUUGGCUUAGGUCAUGAUCUCAUGGUCUGUGAGUUCGAGCCCUGCAUCAGGCUGUCUGCUUAUCCAGUGCAGAGCCUGCUUUGGAUCUUCUGUCUCUCUGUUUCUCUGCCCCCUCCCCUGCUCACAUGCUCGCUAGCUCUCUCAAAAAUAAAUAAACAUUUAAAAAAAACCCCACUGAUUUUGAGAUCUUUUGACGUCUUUCUGAAGGCAUUUCAGUGGUUAGGUGGGAGUCCUGGCCUCUUCCCUUUGGCCCAUUGGAUGUCUCUUGGAAAUUCUUGGGGUUGUUUUAGGUGCUGCUUUUCCCAAAGUGGGGUAAUGGGCUGGCCUCUCCUUUGAUUCCGUGAAGUUUGAAUGUGAAUAUCUCUGACUUAUGGGAGCUUUACCCAGAACUCUAGAUUUCUGUUGAAGCAAUAGGUCCCAAAGUUGGUUUUCUUUACACAUUAGUCAUCACUGGCCCAACCCUCCUUCUUAAACUGUCUACUGGCCACGCCUAUCCUCUUGAGGACAAAUUCAGGGCCAGGCUUCAAGAAGAAUAUUUUCCGGCUCUUUCAUUUCUUAAAAUCAUAAUUGCUUCCAGGUCACCAGACAAUGUGAACCAAAAGAAGCCUGGGAGAGUACUAGCAGAUUUAGUUUAAGUGAGACCUUCUUAAUCUUGAACUUCUAAUUUAUUGGCUAGAUAGUAAGAGUCCAACCAUGAACAAAUGGGAAAGAUUUCAUGCUAUGUGUAAAGGGCCUGGUUGUAUCCUGUAUGUUGUUCUGCACAUAAGGGGUCUUUGGCCACAAAGGAAGCUACAUGAUUCUGAGGAACUUGUUCACUGGACAAACACCCUGUCUGGCCAUUUUCAAGGUUAAUGUUUUACCAAGGUAAAAGACAUUUUGUCAGAUAGAUGCUGUAUUACCUCCUUUUGUGUCCUUCUCUUCCUCAUAUGCACAAUGACCAUACUUUUGCUUGUAGUUGUUGUGAAAUCUGCUUGUUUUGGCAUCUUCAUUUCAAAACAGAACAGAAAAUGUCUACCCAAUCUGUAAAAUCUUCUUUGAGAUUUUAUUGCUGCCUAUCCCCCGUUACCAGCUCCCCCUAACCCUGACUUGGAUUAUAAUUUGAUGUUCUUCCCCUUUUGAUAACAUAUUCUCUAUAAACUUUUUAAAAUGUCUGUGUUAAUUGCUUCCCCACAGUGUUUCAGUUUGGCCCAUGAUGGUGAAAUAUUUCAGGUUCCCCUAUUUCAUUUUUUCUUUUGGUUGUUUUAUUCUGUGGGCCUCUCUGUUAUGCCUUUCACACCUGCCCAUGUCUUCUGGCGGUUAUUUUUUUCUUUUGAAUUUUUGGUGGGGGGAAAGCUCUCUGCCUCAUUAUGGUUUGUCUUCUACUACCUGCUUGCCCUCAGCUUAGCUGCUCUUUUCACCAUUUUAAAGUUAUUGUUCUCCUAUUAGUCCAUUUUCUCUUUGGUUUCCCCUGUUUUGUAAUGUAGUGAUUAUGUCUGACUGCCUCCUCUCUGCUGUCCACUUGCUGGAUUCAUGCCCUUGGAUCUUGGUCAGUCCUCCUUAAGUGUGCAUCGGUAUGCCUGCUUAAUCAAAACAUUGUAUUUAUUUAUUUUUUCAGCCCCACUAUCACUUUGGGUUGGCAGAGCAUGUGCUCUUCUUUGUUCUCACUCUGAAUUGGAUGUGUCUUUUCAGUUUUCCCCCCCAAAGUAGGGAUUGCUCACAGUGGUCCCACUGCCUUGCAGGCAGUGACCGGCAUUUGAUUCUGGGGCCAUGCAGCUGUUCAUUUCUUAACAAUUACAUGGUUGCGGUAUCUGGGAAAAUCCUUUGAGGUAUUUCAUAUCCUUGUGCCCGUGCUUCCCAGGUCACUCGGGAUUACCAGGUUUCUUCCAAGUUCCUUUUAGGAACUUUGCCUUUAGCCUUUGAUGUGAUGGUUCCCAUCACAGAGAGCAAGAGACACGGAUUGAGAAUGCACACCACACACGAAUGCAGGCUUUGUAAGCAAAAGCAAGUCGGUACACAAGUGUGUAUGCCAGCAGAACCUACCAAGGGUGGUGUGUGUAAGGUUUUUCUGUUUUGCUCACCUCUCUUGAACAGCAGUGUACGGUGGAGUGGUUACUAAUUUGAUUGGACAUGGUAAUGAUGAAACGACACCCUGGGCCUACCAGAUCAGAAUCUCCAGGGCUGAGACUCAUGAAUCUGUAUUUUGAACAAGGUCUUUGGUGAUUCCGACUUGGGAAACAUUGGUGUACGUUGGCCAUCUGAACUCCUCUGGUCCUGUGGACAUUGACGCCAUCAGUGCCUCUUUGGAAGUUCCCUUUGCUUACUCUCUGGCUCCGGAGGCCCAAUUUUGCCUUCUUGUGUAGACCACUUAGCUCACUGCCCUCUUGCCCUUGCUUUCUGCCUCUCCCCUCCCCUCCUCUGCAAAGGCUACAGUUAAUAGCAGCGGUAGGCCUUACAUAGGAAGAGGGGCUGAGGAAUUCAUAACAGAAGAGUGGGAAUCCAAGAGUUAAGAAAAUAUUCUAUCUUCUGGAUCUCAUGAAAAUAGGGGUGCCUUUAGGUAGUCCUAAAAUGUGUGAUAUUAUCUGGUAAUUAUUUUGUUUUUUUUCUUGGUUUUCUUGUUGUUGUUAUUUUUGCUUUGAGGGGUCACCUUUAUCUAGGUGAUGAUAUUUUAUGUGUUGUGUUUUCAAAUGCCAGGCCUCAUUCCCCCCUCUGAUUUCUGUCCCAGGCACUACAAACUACUAAUCCCCUCUAAAUAGAACAAAAAUAAACCCAAGAGUGAAAAAGCAGUGGUGACUUGACUUCUAUCUGCUGCCUACAGAUAUUCAGAUAGGCACUAAAACUCACACUUUGUGUUAAAAUUCAUCUUGUGGCAAGUGUAACCCCUUUCAUUGCCUGAUUAUUCUAAUGCUUCAUAGGGAGAAAAGAUUUUUAAAAAGGACCUGGUGUGUCAGUCAACGGGCUGAGCUGUUGUUUCUUAAACUGGGAUAUUCCAAGUUAAUCUAAGAAAAAGUCACAACUUGAUUGACCAGGAUGUUCAGGGAUGGGAUGGGAUCCUGGUGAACUGAAAUGAAGCAGACAGUCCAUCCAUUUGUCCUACCCCUUGUUGAAAUCUUUCUAAAAUCAUGCGUUAACCCACAUAGCUGUCUUAGGAAUGUUAAGGAUAGUUUUUAGAAAAAGGUAAAAUCGUGAGUCUUAUAUAGAUGUAAAAAUGAACACGUGUUAAAGACUUUAUUUUACUCAUUAAUCAGCCAGGGAACCAGACAGAUGUUCUAGCUGGUUCAGAGAAAAAGUCCAAAAGCACAAAUUUAUAUGGAGUAAAGGAAUUGAAUUGCAAAUGGAGGCAAAACUGGUUUUUCCACAAUGGGGAGGGAAGUCACUCCAAACUCUAUGGGACAAUACAGAGUUUGCAUAUCCAUCAGUUACCUGCAAUUUACAGAGGGGCAAAACAACUCAAAGACAAUGGACUAUGCUGGAAUCAUGCUGCUGCAAACGAUGCGCUAUAGGUAACGCAUAGUGUUUUCACUGAAGUCCAGCCUUAUUUCCUAUAGUAACUAAGCACAAGGGACACUUUUGGGGGGGUUGAUUUUGCUUGUAAUUUCUCAAGGUCAUCACCUCAAUUCUCCUCCAGGAUUCACUUCCAUAUAACACUCAUUUACUGAAGUACUUACUAUAUGUAAGACAUUGCAGAGGAACCAGAGACAGAAAAGAGGAUACUUCUUACCUUAAGUAGCUUGAUUGGUGGGGGAGACACACAUGCCAUACCCCCAAAUAACCACACUGCAGAGAAGAGUAAGAAUCAGUGCUGUAGGAGAGGUAGGAAUGCAACGUUUGAGGAGAACCAGAGAGGAAAGGGUUAACUGACCAGGGGCUGGGGCUUGGGAGGUGACAUGAUGACAUUUAAGCCAGGCUUUGAGGGGUGACACAGAGAGGAGGAGGAGCACAGGAGAGGCCAUUGCAGGGUGAGGAAGCAGCAAAGUCCUGAAACUGGAUGGUCUGUUCAGGGAAGGGUCAGGAGCUGGGACAGCGAGGCGGCAGGGAAACAGCAGGAUGUGGCUGAAGAGGAGACCAGAGGAGGUUUGAGGCCAGGUCUUGGAGGGCCCGGAAUGCUGUGCUAAGAAAUUUGGGCUUGAUUCUGAAGACAGGAAAGCUAUUGAAAGCUUCUGAGGAGGGCGGGGGCAACAUGAUCGAACUGGUGCUUCAGAAGAUGAAUUGAUUGUAGAAUCAAGAAAUUGGAGGCAGAGGGACCAGUUAAGGGGCUAUUGUAAUAUUCUGGGUGAGAGAUGAUGAGGGCCUGCAUCAGGGUGGUGGCAAGAGGGGCAGGAGAGGAUGGAGAUGGCAUUAUUAAGGCUUGACUCCUGAUUGGCUGUGGGCAGCCGUGGGGGGAGAGAAGGAGUUGAAGACGACACUGCUGAAAUUUCCAGGCUGGGGGAUAGUGGUGCCAUUAACUAAGAUAGGAAACACGCUGGGCGUGGGGGGUGGGGAGCAGGUUUAUGGGAACAGAUAAUGAGUUCGGUUUGAGACACAUUGAGUUUGAGGGGCUCAGUGGACAUCCAAUUAACAGCAAGUUGCUGGCAGCUGGAAAUUCUGGUCUGGGUGUAAGGAGAGAGGUCGGGGAUAGAGAUACAGAUUUGGGAGUCUUUGGUGCAGGAAGGGGAGAAUUGCAACUGGGGGAGCUCAGGAGCUAGAGAGGAGAAGGAGCAGGGUACACAUACACACACACACACACACACACACACACACACACACACAGGUGGAGGGAGUGGGGGAGAACCAAGGAGAGCCAGACUGAGCUAGAGAGACAGAAAGAGACAGAAGAGAGAUAGAGGGAGACAGAUGGGGGGGGGACUGAAGGCUGAGGUGAGGACAAAGAGUAGAAGGGAGGGGGAUGCAGGGGGAGGGAGGAAGGAAAGGAGGAGAAGAGGGAGAAGAGAGGGGAUCCCAAGGGAGAAAUGAGGACGAGGGGAGCAAGGAGGAAGGUGGAGGAGUGCAGAUUGUGCCAAGAGAGAUUGGAAAGGGGAAAGAGAAGCAGGGAAGAGGUGAAGAGAGAGACAGAUGGGAGAAUAACAGGGGGAAGAGGGAGGUGAGGAUGAGUAAUAGAGGGGAAUAGGAAAGACAAAUUGAGAGGGAAUGGAGAAGAGAGAGAGAGAGAUGGGGGUAGGGAGAGAGAGAGGGAAGGAAGGGGAAGAGAUGGGGGCUCACAGGGGUGAGGAGAGACCAGGCAAGAUGAGGGCUAGGUUUCUGGGGUGGGUAGAGAGGGAGAAGAGCCUGGAGAAGCCAGCAGGCACUGGGUCAGGAAAGCCAAGAGUGGGGCAAGUACAAAGAAAGCAAGGGCAGAAGUAUCCUGCACCACAGACAUGGGGAGGAGGGUGAGGACCAGGAUGAGAAUGGGAGGCUGUGGCUCUGCUGUCCUUGUACUGCCUGUCUCCCUUGCUUGGAGACUCUGCUGUACCAGCCACCUGGCCUCCUGGCUCUUUCUUGAUCUUAUCAUGUAACCUCCUGCCCUAGGACCUUUGCAUAGAUUGUUCCCUCUGCCUGGAAUGCUCUUCCCCCAGAUAUCCACAUGGCUCACCCCUUUGCUUCCUUCAGGAUGUUUAAAUGUCUCCUCAGAAGACAUACGCUGAUUACCCACUUACAGACUGUAGUCCAUUCUGCUCCCCCCCCCCCGCCCCACCUCUGUCACCAUGGCCCUUAGCUUGUGUUAUAUACCACCUUAUACUAUAACAGGAAUCAUUUCACAUGUGUAUUGUCCAUCUCAUCCCACUAGAAUACACAUUUCAUGAAGGCAGUGAUUUCGGUGUUGUUAGGUAAUUGUUGAAUCCCCAGUACCGAGGACAGUGCUGGCAUACAGUAGGAGCUCAGUAAAUAUUUGUUGAAUGGAUAAGUGCUAUUGUGUUGAAUGUGGACAGUCUCUAAAAAUUAUAUAAAGAAUUAAUGAAACAAACCCCUGAUGUGGCUGUAUUUUAGUAGUUCUUGGCAAAUUGGAGAACAGAAAAUUCUGAUCACUGGAGGGUUCUGUUCAGUUGAGCUUUGAUGAAGAAGACUUUAGCUAAUAAGUUAAUUCAAGAGUUUAAGGGUCUUAAGACAAGCUCAUUGGGUAAACAUAAACCUCUUUUUCUUGAUGCCUCAUUUUCUCUAGAAGGGUGAAUUGGCUGUGCAGUGGUUGUCAACAGCGACAGCUGGAUGUUAGCUGCUGAAGGGGGUGGUAGGUCAUGGGGAUGACAAGACCUAUAGAAAGGGACAAGGACAGAAAUGUGUGGUUUUUUCACGGACCGUUGUUUUUUGUUUGUUUGCUUGUUUGUGGCCAGAGUACAAGGGGUAUUGCAUCUGAUUUUUAGGGAACUUUAAACCAGCUUAGAUAUAUAUGUUAUAUCUGUAUAACUCCCAAGUUGAAAUCAGAAUAGAGUAUUUUUGAAGGGCUUAUAAAGAAAGCGUGUGCUUCCUCUGGAGAACUUAAAUUGGUACAUCACUCAAAUACUUCAGUACCCAUGGAUUUAGAGAGGUUUGAGAAAAAGAUCCCCAGUAGUCUCUCAACGCAUUGUUCAUAUAUGGGAACAACCGUCUAAUUGCAGUUGGUUGGGCUAAAUGUGUGUGAAAAAAUACACUGUCAUCUCGUUUGUCUGGAAUAGAUUGAAUUUCCUUGAACACUCAGGCAUAUCUGUCUUUAAGAUAAUUUAAAAAUCACUCUAGGUGAUUAACAGCAUCCUCGUCUCCAUCCUGAAACCUAUGGAUUCCUGGAAAGCUGGUGCACCCUCAUCCCCAUUUGGACCUUAAUUUUCCUUAGCAGGCUGCCUUGUGGGAAAGACUGCUUUAAUGUUUUGGUACCAUAAUUGCCUUUAUUUAAAUCUUUCCUUGUUAAAGGUGGUUAAAGCAGCUGUCCCUGUUAUGAGUUUUGAUUUUUCGGAGUUCUUUUUUCCCAGGGGGAGCGGCCACAGCAGGUCCUAUCUGGUGGUGAGUGGCUGUCAUGAUCUCGACAGCACCACUCUACAGCGGCGUGCACAACUGGACCAGUUCUGACCGGAUUCGCAUGUGUGGCAUCAACGAGGAGAGAAGAGCACCUCUUUCUGAUGAGGAGUCCACGUCAGGUGACUGCCAGCGGUUUGGAUCUCAGGAGUUUUGUGUCAGCAGCAGUUUUUCCAAGGUGGAGCUCACAGCAGUUGGAAGUGGCAGCAAUGCCCGGGGGGCAGACCCAGAUGGCAAUGCAGCAGAAAAACUUGGGCACAAGUCAGAAGACAAGCCUGAUGACCCCCAGCCAAAAAUGGACUAUGCUGGGAGCGUGGCGGAGGCUGAGGGCCUAUUGGUGCCACUGAGCAGCCCCGGAGACGGGCUCAAGCUUACCACUCCCGACAGUGCCGACGCUGCCAACAGCAGGGCUGACUGCUCCUGGGCUCCCCUCGGCACCCAAAUGAGCAAACAAACAGACUGCUCAGCAGCUGGGGUGAAGGCUUUGGACUCUCGGCAUGGUGUUGGGGAGAAGAAUACUUUCAUUCUGGCAACUCUGGGGACUGGAGUCCCUGUGGAGGGAACCCUGCCUCUGGUCCCCACUAACUUUAGUCCGCUGCCAGCCCCCAUCUGCCCCCCCGCUCCCAGUUCAGCUUCCGUCCCCCCGUCUGUUCCAGAUCCAUUCCAGGUUCCCCUCUCCGUCCCCACCCCAGUACCCCACUCUGGGCUUGUUCCCGUCCAGGUCGCCACCUCAGUUCCAGCCCCGUCCCCUCCCUUAGCACCAGUCCCAGCUCUGGCUCCAGCGCCACCGUCGGUGCCCACACUCAUCUCUGAUUCGAACCCCCUUUCGGUUUCAGCCUCUGUCUUGGUGCCUGUGCCAGCUUCUGCUCCCCCCUCAGGUCCGGUCCCCCUGUCGGCUCCAGCCCCUGCCCCCCUCUCAGUCCCAGUUUCGGCUCCUCCCUUGGCUCUGAUCCAGGCCCCUGUGCCCCCAUCAGCUCCAACUCUGGUCCUCACGCCUGUCCCCACUCCAGUUCUGGCCCCCAUGCCGGCGUCCACACCUCCGGCAGCUCCCGCCCCUCCGUCGGUGCCAAUGCCCACCCCAACCCCAUCUUCUGGCCCACCCUCCACCCCCACCCUCAUCCCUGCCUUUGCUCCCACGCCAGUGCCUGCGCCCACCCCAGCCCCAAUAUUCACUCCAGCCCCCACGCCCAUGCCGGCCGCCACACCGGCUGCCAUUCCCACCUCUGCACCAAUCCCAGCCUCCUUUAGUUUGAGCCGAGUAUGUUUUCCUGCAGCUCAGGCACCAGCUAUGCAAAAAGUACCCCUGUCCUUUCAGCCAGGGACAGUACUGACCCCGAGCCAGCCGCUGGUAUAUAUCCCACCUCCGAGCUGUGGGCAGCCGCUCAGUAUGGCCACACUGCCAACCACUCUGGGAGUCUCCUCCACUCUCACACUCCCUGUCCUGCCUUCAUACCUUCAGGACAGGUGUCUCCCCGGUGUGCUGGCCUCCCCAGAGCUACGGUCUUACCCAUAUGCAUUUUCUGUUGCCCGGCCUCUGACUUCAGAUUCCAAGCUGGUCUCUCUGGAGGUGAACAGGCUUCCCUGUGCUUCCCCAUCCAGCAGCACCAGCACCCAGCCUGCACCCGAUGGGGUCCCCGGGCCUUUGGCAGAUACUUCCCUCUCUACUGCUUCUGCCAAGGUGCUUCCAACCCCACAGCCUUUGCUGCCAGCCCCCAGCGUGAGCUCAGCCCCGCCACACCCUGCCAAGAUGACAGGUGGUGCCGAGCAGCAAACAGAAGGGACUUCCGUCACCUUCUCUCCCCUCAAGUCACCUCCACAGCUGGAGCGAGAGAUGGCAUCUCCACCUGAGUGCAGUGAGAUGCCCCUCGACCUCUCCUCCAAGUCCAACCGCCAGAAGCUUCCAUUGCCCAACCAACGCAAGACACCUCCCAUGCCCGUAUUGACCCCUGUGCACACCAGCAGCAAGGCCCUCCUCUCCACAGUCUUGUCUAGGUCUCAGCGCACAACCCAGGCUGCCGGUAGCAAUGUCACCUCCUGCCUGGGCUCUACUUCCUCGCCCUUUGUCAUCUUUCCCGACAUCGUGAGGAACGGGGACCCAAGCACCUGGGUGAAGAACUCGACUGCGCUGAUCAGCACCAUUCCUGGCACCUAUGUGGGAGUGGCCAACCCAGUGCCUGCAUCCCUGCUGCUGAACAAAGACCCUAACUUGGGCCUCAACCGAGACCCCCGCCAUCUCCCCAAGCAGGAGCCCAUCUCCAUCAUUGAUCAAGGAGAACCCAAGAGCACUGGUGCCCCCUGUGGCAAGAAGGGCAGCCAGGCUGGGACUGAGGGACAGUCAAGCACAGUCAAACGUUACACCCCAGCCCGCAUUGCCCCCGGGCUGCCGGGUUGCCAAACCAAGGAGCUCUCUCUGUGGAAGUCCACGGGGCCAGCAAAUAUUUACCCACGGUGUUCAGUUAAUGGGAAACCCACCAGCACCCAGGUCCUGCCUGUUGGCUGGUCACCAUACCACCAAACGUCUCUGCUUUCCAUUGGCAUUUCCAGUGCCGGGCAGCUGACGCCCAGUCAGGGGGUGCCCAUCAGGCCCACCAGCGUUGUUUCUGAGUUUUCUGGUGUGUCACCUCUCAGCCCCAGUGAAGCUGUGCACGGACUUCCAGAGGGGCAGCCACGGCCUGGAGGCCCCUUUGCUCCAGAGCAGGACACUGGCACAAAGAACAAAACUUGCCGGAUUGCUGCCAAGCCUUAUGAAGAACAAGUCAACCCUGUCCUCCUGACUCUCAGCCCUCAGACAGGGACCUUGGCACUGUCUGUCCAGCCUAGCAGUGGGGACAUAAAAGUGAAUCAGGGGCCUGAGGAAUCCGAGAGCCACCUCUGUCCUGACGGCACUCCUAAGAUGGAAGGUUCCCAGGGGGCUUGUGGCCUGAAGCUGGCAGGAGAUACGAAGCCUAAAAACCAAGUGCUGGCCACCUACAUGUCCCACGAGCUGGUCCUGGCCACCCCCCAGAACCUGCACAAGAUGCCCGAGCUGCCUUUGCUACCUCAUGACAGCCGCCCCAAGGAGCUUAUCAUGGAUGUGGUCCCGAGCAGCAAGAGAGGCUCCGGCACAGAGCUUUCACAGCUUGGAAGUCAGGUGGACCUGGGGCGGGUGAAAAUGGAGAAGGUGGAUGGUGACGUCGUCUUCAAUUUAGCCACCUGCUUCCGCACCGAUGGCCUCCCAGCAGCUCCCCAGAGGGGCCAAGCUGAAGUUCGGAAUAAGGCUGGGCAGGCUCGAGUGAAGGAGGAAAGCGUGGGUGUCUUUGCCUGCAAGAACAAGUGGCAGCCAGACUCCGUGGUGACCGAUGGGGCGACCGAAUCUCUGCCGCCCAAGAAGAUGAAGUUUGGCAAAGAGAAGGAUGCUGAGGAGCAGCAGCCACAAACCAAGGUCAUAGUCCGGAGUUCCCAUGGACCCAAGUGCCGGAAGCCGCCUAGUGACCCCCAGGAACCCACCAAGAAGAGCCCCAGGGGGGCUUCAGAUUCAGGAAAAGAGCACAAUAGAGUCAGGGUAAAGCACAAGCACCGGAAGCCAACAAAGCCGGAUUCCCAGUCUCCAGGAAAACGAACCGAUGGCCAUGAGGAAGGUUCCUUGGAGAAGAAAGCAAAGAGCAGUUUCCGUGACUUCAUCCCCGUUGUUCUGAGCACACGGACGCGCAGUCAGUCUGGAAGCAUCUGUAGCUCCUUUGCUGGUAUGGCAGACAGUGACAUGGGAAGCCAGGAGGUCUUCCCCACAGAGGAGGAAGAAGAUGUGACCCCCACCCCAGCUAAGCGUCGAAAGGUGAGAAAGACCCAACGGGACACCCAGUAUCGCAGCCACCAUGCCCAGGACAAGACUCUCCUGAGCCAGGGCCGCCGGCACCUGUGGCGAGCCCGAGAAAUGCCCUGGAGGACAGAGGCUGCCCGGCAAAUGUGGGACACCAAUGAGGAGGAGGAGGAAGAUGAGGAGGAAGGCCUGGUGAAGAGGAAGAAGCGGAGACGACAGAAGAGCCGAAAAUAUCAGACUGGGGAGUACCUGACAGAGCAAGAAGAAGAGCAGCGGCGAAAAGGGAGAGCAGAUUUAAAGGCCCGUAAGCAGAAGACUUCCUCCCAAAGUUCGGAGCACCGCCUCAGAAACAGGAACCUUCUCUUGCCCAGCAAAGCCCAGGGGAUCUCGGAUUCACCAAAUGGUUUCCUCCCGAACAACCUGGAGGAGCCAGCCUGCCUUGAGAAUUCAGAAAAGCCAUCAGGAAAACGAAAGUGCAAAACCAAGCACAUGGCGAAUGUCUCAGAAGAGGCAAAGGGCAAAGGUCGUUGGAGCCAGCAGAAGACGCGAUCUCCCAAAUCUCCCACCCCAGUGAAACCCACCGAACCAUGCACACCCUCUAAGUCCCGAAGUGCCGGCCCAGAGGAGGCCUCUGAGUCACCUACAGCCCGGCAGAUCCCCCCAGAGGCACGUCGGCUCAUAGUGAACAAGAAUGCAGGCGAGACCCUCCUGCAGCGGGCAGCACGUCUUGGCUAUAAGGACGUUGUUCUCUACUGCCUCCAGAAAGACAGUGAGGACGUGAAUCACCGCGACAAUGCUGGCUACACGGCCCUGCAUGAGGCCUGCUCCAGGGGCUGGACGGACAUCCUGAACAUCCUGUUGGAGCACGGGGCUAAUGUGAACUGCAGCGCGCAGGAUGGCACGAGGCCAGUUCAUGAUGCGGUGGUCAAUGACAACCUGGAGACCAUCUGGCUCUUGCUGUCUUAUGGGGCCGACCCCACACUGGCCACCUACUCGGGACAGACAGCCAUGAAGCUGGCCAGCAGCGACACCAUGAAGCGUUUUCUCAGCGAUCACCUCUCAGAUCUUCAGGGCCGGGCAGAGGGUGACCCUGGCGUGUCCUGGGACUUCUACAGCAGUUCUGUGUUGGAAGAAAAAGAUGGCUUUGCCUGUGACCUCCUCCAUAAUCCUCCUGGGAACUCUGAUCAAGAAGGAGAUGAUGUGGAAGAGGAUGACUUUAUGUUUGAGCUCUCAGACAAGCCUCUUCUCCCUUGCUACAACCUCCAAGUGUCAGUGUCCCGCGGGCCCUGCAACUGGUUCCUCUUUACCGAUGUCCUGAAGAGGCUGAAGCUUUCCUCCAGGAUCUUUCAGGCUCGGUUCCCGCACUUUGAAAUUGCCACCUUGCCCAAGGCUGAGUUCUACCGGCAGGUGGCCUCCAGUCAGCUUCUGACCCCAGCCGAGAGGCCCGGAGGCAUGGACGACAGAUCUGCCCCAGGCUCCUCUGAGACUGUGGAGCUGGUGCGGUAUGAGCCAGAGCUACUUCGGCUCCUGGGGUCUGAGGUGGAGUUCCAGCCGUGGAACAGUUGACCUGGAAAACAGCCCCUCCCUUUUCUUCUUUCUCUCCCAAGUUCACCCUUCCCCACUUCCCAUGUCUUUCCCCCACCGAGCACCAGACUGCAGAAUGAGGCAAUAAUACGGACCAACAAGAAGCCGCCUUAUCAAUGCCAGCAUUAGUGACUGGAUUUUUUUUUUUUCUGGUUAUAAUUAGUUCUCAUCUCCCUGUCAUCGUCAUUGUUGUUGUGGUUGGUGAUGGGGGUGGAAAGUUGAAUUCCACGUCUGAGGGCAAGAGGUCCCAGGGAUGGUGGGAGGUGGUGCCAGGGUCCCUUGGGGUGGCCUCAGCCUGUCCGGAGGAGAAAUGAGAAAAGGCCAAAUCUCUGAGCGCCCCCUCUGUUCCCCUGUGUUCUUCUGUCUUCCAUAGUAUUUAUUUUAUUAGUAUUUAAUUUGUAUUGUUUCAUUGGUUUCUGAUAAGUCUGUAUCACUGUGACGAUUUGAGACAACUUGUUGUAUUGAGGGACUUUCUUCACCUCCUUUCUUUGUCUUUCUUGAUAAGCUCUGGAGCUGCCCCCUCCCUCUGACAGUUACUCCCAGGUUUGUUUUCACCCCACUGGGGAGGGGGCAGGUGGGGCAGGGGG